CCAGGAACCGGGAGCAAGCGGUCGUCCACACACGGCAGUCCCUAUGGCGGCGACCCCCCCGACCUGCUGGACGUGGCGGCGACGACGGAGGGCGAGGCCAUGCCCGUCAUCCGCAAGAAGGAGCGCGACUACAUGGGCAUGUUCGAGUACGACCGCCGCGACGAGAUGCAGAUCAUUCGGGUGCUGAUUUACGAGCUGAAGCCGCGCGUGGCGGUGACCUUCCUGCCCGGCCUGCCCGCCUACAUCCUGUUCAUGUGCAUCCGCCACACGGACCACAUCAACGACGACGAGAAGGUGCGCUCGCUGCUCAACAACAUCGUGAACGGCGUGAAGCGCGUGAUCAAGAAGCGCCACGAGGACCUGGACUCCACCGUGCUGUGGCUGUCCAACACGCUGCGCCUGCUGCACAACCUCAAGCAGUACUCGGGCGACAAGGCGUUCCAGGCCGAGAACACCGUCAAGCAGAACGAGCAGUCGCUCAAGAACUUCGACCUGUCCGAGUACAGGCAGGUGCUCUCCGACAUCGCCGUCUGGAUUUACAAUGGUGUCAUAAAACUGAUGGAGGAGAAGGUCCAGCCGCUGAUCGUGCCGUCGAUACUCGAACACGAAGCCAUCGCCGGUCUCUCGGGCAACAAGCCGGGCGGGAUGAGAGGCCGUGCCGGCAGCGUAGCCCGCGAGCUGGAAUCGCCCGUGGAGCCCCAGAAGGCCCUCGAUCUGCUCCUGAAGGAGAUGACGCAGUUCUACCGCACGCUCGCUAUGUUCGGCACCGACCCCGAGCUCAUCACGCAGGUGUUCAGACAGAUCUUCUACUUCAUCUGCGCGGGGUCGCUGAACAACCUGCUGCUGCGCAAGGACAUGUGCCACUGGUCCAAGGGCAUGCAGAUCCGCUACAACCUGAGCCACCUGGAGCAGUGGACGCGCGACAUGCGGCUGCACGAGGCGGGCGUCACGGACACGCUAGCGCCCAUCAUCCAGGCGGCGCAGCUCUUGCAGGCGCGCAAGACGGACGACGACGUCAACUCCAUCUGCGACAUGUGCGACAAGCUCUCCGUCUCGCAGAUCAUCAAGAUUUUGAACCUGUACACGCCGGCGGAUGAAUUUGAAGAGCGAGUCCCCAUCUCCUUCAUCCACAAGAUCCAGAAUAAGUUGCAGGAACGAGCGGAGGGAGAGCAAGCGCAGGCAACACUCUUGAUGAACACCAAAUUUGCCUUCCCUGUCCGGUUCCCAUUCAACCCAUCCAGUAUUCACUUGGAAGAUAUUGAGCUUCCAGAGUCUCUCAACCUCAUCAUGUUGAAGAAGGUCUAAGCGACCCCCAGUCACCAACUCCACACACAUGAGAAUGAAACGACCUCAUGGGAAAAUAAAGGCUUAUACUUUGUCCUUUCCAAGUCAGUCCAGCAUAGUCGUUUGAGAUGCUGAGGUUGUAGGCAGAGGAGACGCAAAACGAAGGGUUUCCCAGUGAGUGUGUGAAGUCAGUGGGAUGGAGUCUGGCCCUGUUGCAUGUUCUGUUUCGAUGGCUGAGACUGCUUAAAGGCAAGGACGGCCCUUUUUCCAGAUCUGUGCUGAGUCAGGGCCACCAAGGACUGGAUUUUGAAACUUGUUAAGAGUUUCAGGGAUAGUUUCCAAAUUUUAAAAAGCAGAUUGUAGCUCAAUAGCAUUUACUUGCAGUACUUAAACCUGAUGGCUUUCAGAAUGGUUACAUUUGUAUUGUGCUUGUGUUGGUACAUGUAAUGUAAUGAAGAAAAAAGAAAGAAAGAAGAGAAUUCGUUCUGGCUACAACACCCUUGCUUAUAAUCAGUUUGACUUUUGGUUGAGACAUAUCUGGCAGUACGGAUGGUUGUAUGGGGUGGGCUUUCCAGAUGCUUGACAUUUGUUUGUAUUAUAUAGAUUUCUCUUUCUCUGUGUCCAGAAACAGGAUGAACUCGCCCCAUCAAAAGAAAACAUUGGUAUUAAACACCCCAAAAUAUAUCCUACUGCAGCCUUAGAAUAAAAAAAAAAAGUAUUUUUGUUCGUACAUGUAAUUUUUAAACCGGUAAAAAACCUCCUCACAAGAAUUGCAUGGACACCCCACUUUGGGUGACUCGAGGAAAGAUUAAAAUGAAAUACUAUAUGAUAUAUACAUUCCAUGAGCAUAUUCCAGUGAUAAAUAGCAUUCCUGUAUUUAGGACCAGUCACAGUACCUAAGACAGCACCAUUGUAUAUUUACUUUGUGCAGCACGAAGCAGCAAAGAACAGUUACUGUGUGUAUAACUGUUUUAACUUUGGUUCUAGUGUGUUGUAAACAGUUGAUGCUGUAGCACUCUAAACACAUUCCAUGACCUCUAGUUGAACAUUACUGUAGUGUAAUAUAUGGUUAAUAGUGUUAUUUAUUUAUUGUAUAGAUGUUCAGAGUUUAACAUAUGGCAUAGUUCAUAUAUUGUAAGAUUUCCAUAGACUAUCCUGAUAUCAGAAGGAGAGAAGAAUGAUGGAUGAAUUGGUUUAUGGUGUAAUUAUUGAUAUUUAUUUUAUAACAGUUAGGGGUAUUAAUAUCAAUAUUAUUAUUAUUAUUAUCAUUAUUAGUAUUAUUAUUGUUAUUAUUGUUAUUAUUAUUAUUAUUAUUAUUAUUAUUAUUAUUGUUAUUAUAUUAUUAUUAUUACUGAUCAUCAUUAAAACUAUUACAGUUAUGAUUAUUAUUAUUAUAUUUUUUAUUCUCAUCAUCAUUGAUACUUCAGCCAAUAACUUAACAAUUAACAAGACUAAUAUUUUUAUUUUUGUACAGUUUUAUUUUCUUGUACUUAAUUAAAUUACAGCACAUUCCAAAGGGAUCUAUUUGUCAUAAUUUCAAUGGCUAAUAAAAAGAUGUAAUUUUCUGCAUCUCACUUAGUCCAAAAUUUGCAUUGCUUAUCAUACAAAGUUUUUGUUGCAUACCUCAAAUAUUUUUUACAAUAAGUACAUAGGAAAAUGAUAAACUUUUUUUUUCUGUAAACAUAUAAUCAACAUUGGGCAGAAAUUCCAGUGAAGCCCCAUCCAAAAUCCCAAGUCCUCAAGUUUUGCAUGCUUUGUGUAUAUAUCAUACAUUUUCUGGAAGGGUGAAUAUUCUAGCAUUUAGGGUACCCCACGAGGGCUGUUAUUUGGUUUCAAAGAGGGUGGGAUUCUAACUUUGGCUUUCGAAUGCUGUCAAUUUGCCAGGCUGUGGUAGGUAGUAGCGGAAGUAGUUUGACAGAUUUUGACCCCAGGUUAGGAAGCCGUCUGCGAAAUGAGAACAGCGUUAGUAUUUGGGUACACUCACCCUAUACUGUAUCAUAUGCACGAUUAGCAUCAUCACAUGCUUGUAUACUGGUUCAGGUGUACAGUGUGACCAUAGUUACUCUAUAUUAACUUGUGUGGUGCAGAAGCUAUUAUGUAGCUUUACUUUCAUGGUUCUGUAUAGCAGACACUGGCUGCUAUUAUAUCAUUAUUAUUAUUAUUUAUGCUACAAUUGUUUUUUGAUCAUUAUGAAAUAUGAUUUAUUAUUAUGAUUACCAAUAGUUUUUGAGGCCUUUUUUAUACCAUUUUUUAUGUUUGCUUGUUAGCCCAGAUAAAUAAAAAUAUUUCUUGAUCAGUGCCAGGUACUCCUUGGUGGGGAUGAUAUAGGCCUCAGUGACUUAAUUUUGAGUAGUGACAUUAAGUUAUUGAGAUAUUUAUUUGUGGUUUCUGACACUGCAAAGUAGGUGCCACUUUAAAGGGUUUUUUAUUGUGUGGAAAGAGAUGCCAGUUACUUAAUGCACAGCAGGACAGGUAAUUGAGGUGCCACAUAGAUUGUUUGUGAAGAAGAGAUAACUUUGUAAUGAAAAUUGUGAUCAUGGCCGACAUAUUUAUUGAAUUUAAAGUCACUGGUUUGAAUUGAAGAUCGUCUGUUUUGUAUUUUAAUCCUCUUUUUUCUUUUUAUAUGCAUAAUGUAAACAAGAUGGUAUAAAUCAUUAUGUCACAGAAUGCUUGGUUGUUGUUUUUUUUUCCUUUUUUUUUUGUAGUGCAUACAAGUAUACUAUGAUAUUUUUGUUCUGUAAGCUUCCUUUUUAAUGUAUUUUGUAUGAUAAAAACGUAGAAAGGCAAAAGGCUGUUUUCAGUGUGUUUUUAUUUCUGCUGAAUGAUUUUCAUUGUAUAUAGGUAAGAUCUGAUUUUCACCAGUGUUAACUUUAUUGUGUGUUGCCUUGUGAUUAAGAAAAGAAUGUUGAUUCAAAGUAAAUAAAUGCAGACAUGUUA